CACUUCAUAUUCCCGCCCAUCUCACCGUCUCUUUUCUUUUUUCUCUUUCUCUCCUAAUUUUUGACCAAUCAAGCUUUCUCUUUUUGUCACUAUUCACUAAUCAUAUCCAAGCUAAGCUCUAAAAACAGUUGCGGCCAGAAGCCCCGAAACCACCUGUCUCUCCUUCUCCGUCUACGAUUUCCGACUCUCUCGGCCGGUGACCUCUCAAAACGCAGACUGUUCUUCUCGCUUUCUCCCAAUUGAAACCCUAGCAAGCCAACUUCGUCAGCAUGAACCAUUUCCACAUCUACGAAGCCAUCGGCCGGGGCAAAUACUCGACUGUAUAUAAAGGGAGAAAGAAGAAGACCAUAGAGUAUUUCGCAAUUAAGAGUGUUGAUAAGUCGCAGAAGAGCAAAGUGCUUCAAGAAGUUAGGAUUCUUCACUCUUUAGAUCAUCCGAAUGUAUUGAGAUUUUACUCAUGGUAUGAAACUUCUGCUCACUUGUGGUUAGUUUUGGAAUAUUGCGUUGGUGGAGAUCUGAUGAGCUUAUUACGACAGGACAGCCAGCUACCUGAAGACUCAAUUCAUGAUCUUGCUCGUGAUUUAGUUAGAGCUUUGCAGUAUUUACACUCAAAGGGAAUCAUUUACUGUGAUUUAAAACCAUCGAACAUUCUCUUAGAUGAGAAUGGACGUACAAAGCUAUGUGAUUUUGGAUUGUCAAGAAAAUUGAGUGAAAUAUCUAAAACUCCAUCUUCCAUGUUGCCUCAAGCUAAACGUGGAACACCCUGUUAUAUGGCUCCUGAGCUAUUUGAAGAUGGAGGUGUCCAUUCGUAUGCAUCUGAUUUUUGGGCCUUAGGUUGUGUACUCUACGAGUGCUAUGCUGGGAGGCCCCCUUUUGUGGGUAGAGAGUUCACUCAGCUAGUGAAAUCUAUCAUCUCAGAUCCAAUCCCACCACUUCCUGGAAAUCCAAGCUGCCCUUUUGCCAACCUAAUCAAUUCUCUCUUGGUGAAAGAUCCAGUUGAAAGAAUACAAUGGACCGAGCUUUGUGGACACGCUUUUUGGAGAACUAAAUUUGCUCCAGUGCCCUUGCCUCCUCAGCCUGCUUUUGACAGUAUGGUAGAACUUCAUGCUAAGCCAUGUCUCUUAGAACGUAAUGGAGAUAGAUUCUUACAGAAAACCCCACCUAAGUAUCGUGAAAAGGAUGCAAAAGGGACUCCAAAACAAGAUGAGAAUUCAACAUUUGGAUUGAGAGGUCAUGAGACACCAAUAAAGAAUACGCCAAGUAGCAGAAAAACUACAACUAAGGCCUCUGGCAGAGCAGUUGAGGAGAAGCAGAGAGAUCCUUCUAGUGCAGCUAGGGGUGUUAAUCUCUUAAGACUGUCACGGAUAGCAAAAUCAAACUUACAGAGGGAGAACGAGAAGGAAAACUACAGGAGGCCCAUGCCUAAUAGCUCUGAAAAUGAUUCUGAAGUUAAAAUUGAGAACACUGAUAUGGAGCUUGAUUUCAAUGAGAACACAGAAGAUGAUGCACAUGAUGAACCUGAUGGAUUUGACAAUUCUACCAGUGUUCCAGAUGAGGGUGACAAUAACAUGCAUCAAUUGGAGAACUCACCUGUGGUUAAUAUGCCUGCUUCAGAUGAAUUGAGAACAAAUGACCAGGAAUCAUGUUCUGAGCAUGACAUGGCUGCUAGCCCACUAAGUGCCAGUCCUCAGGUUAAGUCGCAGAGAGUUAAAGAAGGUAUAGGGUCAGCUUCUGACUUUGAUUCUUCAAAAUCAUCCAAUAACCUCUCAGAGGUCUUUUGGCAUCCAUCUGACCUUUCAGUUAGACCUGUCAUGCCCAGUAGAAAAGCCGAUAAAGCAUCUGAGGUGAUUCAUUCUCUUCCAUUUGAGGUGCUGCAACCAUCUGAUUUUGUGAAGAUGUCUAAAGAGCAGCUGGAUGUACUCAACAAUAGAGUCAUAUCCAUUUUUAAUGGAAACACUAGCAUAGGAGAGAAGCAGAAUGUUAUUAGAUAUCUUGAGAUGUUGAGCAGUAAUGCUGAAGCAGCUAAUAUCUUGACAAAUGGGCCAAUAAUGCUUAUGGUUGUUAAAAUGCUUCGACUGUCCAAGGCUUCUGCUUUGCGUGUGCAACUUGCUUCUCUAAUUGGCUUGUUGAUUCGUCAUUCUACUUUCAUUGAAGAUGAUUUGGCAAAUUCUGGAAUUUUAGGGUCACUUACUGAUGGGCUCAGGGACAAGCAGGAAAAAGUAAGGAGAUUUUCUAUGGCAGCUUUAGGUGAAUUGCUGUUUUAUAUAUCUACCCAGAAUGAGCAGAGUAGAGACAACAAUCCACCGGAAUCUCCAUCAAAGGAUAGUCGAGCUACAUUUGGUUGGCAGGUUCCAAACUCAUUAAUUUCAUUGGUGUCAUCUGUCUUACGAAAAGGAGAAGAUGAUAUAACUCAACUUUAUGCAUUGAGGACAAUUGAAAACAUUUGCAGUCAAGGAGGGCAUUGGGCGACUCGUUUCACAAGCUCAGAUGUGAUCAGUAACCUGUGUUAUAUAUAUAGAGCAACAGGAAAACAGGAGAGCAUGAGGCUUACUGCGGGAUCAUGUUUGGUUCGUUUAGCUCGAUUCAAUCCUCCUACCAUUCAAUCAGUCAUGGAAAAACUCUCUUUUAAAGACACAGCAUCUUCCCUUGUUAAAGGCAGUACACGUGAGCAGCAAAUAAGUUUGAAUCUCUUAAAUAUGGCCCUGCUUGGGAGUCAUAUGUUCACAAAUAUCGGGCGACACCUUUUACCCUUGGCAGAGGACAAGAAUCUGGUUCCAAGUCUUUUAUCUCUUAUUGAACAGGGAAGCGAAAUUCUGAGGGGAAAGGCACUUCUUUUCAUGGCUCUGCUUUGCAAGAAUGGCAGGAGAUGGCUAACGUAUUUUUUUUGCAAUCCAAGAAUACUUUCUGCUGUGGACAGAUUGACAAAAGAGAAGGACAGCUAUCUGCAGCAGUGUUUGGAUGCAUUUGUGCACAUUGUUGCAUCUACAGUACCAAGCUUACUGGACGUUAUAACUGCAGAUAUUCAGCAGAUGAUGGGAGGAAGGCGCCAUGGGCAGAGCUCUGCCAUUUCCAAUCGGGUUGCUUCAAAGACUAAUGUUCAUUUAUUUCCUGUUGUGCUUCAUCUUCUUGGGACGUCUUCUUUUAAACGCAGGUUGGUGAAUCGUCAGGUGCUACAGCAAUUGACAAAUUUGGUCAAGAUUGUGGAGACACCAUUUCAGGGAAGAGACGACUUCCAGAUAACUCUUCUGCGAGUUCUAGAGUCUGUUGCAGAGGAAUCUUCUUUAAUUAUUGAAAGCCCCAACAUCUUUAUAGGUGAUAUUCUCCCAAGUUUGGCUUUUCUAUACAAGGGAAAUAAAGAUGGUGAUGCCAGAUUUUUAUGCCUGAAAAUCCUGUUUGAUGUGAUGGUCAUAUUCUUGAAUGAACCUUUUGAGGACGAGCAAAGAUCCCAGUCUUUGAAGUCAAUAUCUAAUAUUCAUUUCCUUCCACUCUAUCCCACAUUUAUUGAAGAUGAAGAUCCCAUUCCAAUGUAUGCGCAGAAGCUUUUUGUGAUGCUUAUCGAGUUUGAUUAUAUUAAAAUUUCAGACAUUCUAAAUCUGAAGACAGUAUCACAGUGCUUUGAAUUUUUGCUUGGUGAUCUGUCAAGUGCAAAUGUGAACAAUGUUAAGCUAUGUCUUGCUUUGGCAUCUGCUCCUGAAAUGGAAUCCAAGUUACUUUCGCAGUUAAAAGUAGUUAGGAAGGUUGGAAACCUUUUGGAGUUUGUGUAUGCAAAAGACAUGGAAGAUUUUCUUGAGCCAACUCUUGGCCUUUGUAGGGCUUUCCUUCUAUGCUCAGUUGGUAGUAAAAGAGGAUUAGCUUACAGAAACGAACCAGCACUAUUAAAUGAUGUUUCUUCUGAGGCAAGUGGUUCAUUCGAUCAGCAGCAAUGCAUAAGAGAUAUAAUGGACUUUGGUAGUAACAUAGGUGUCUUGCUGGAGUUGAGUGGGUCCCCUGAAGCCAAUGUUGCUGACAUAUCAUCUGAAUGUGUGGUACUGCUUCUGAAGGCAGCUCCAAGGGAAGCCACAACUGGAUUUCUGACUAACCUUCCAAAGGUUAGUGCAAUCCUCGAGUGUUGGCAAAAGCGCGUACCUCACUUACUUUUGCUGCGAAUUCUGCAUGCUCUUGGUUAUUCUUGCAGGCAGUAUCUGUCACAUGCAAUGAUAUUAUCAAUAUCUGUAUCCGACGUUUCAAGGAUUGAAGCCAUUGUUUUGGAACUGAAAAAUUCAAGCAUAAUUGAUUUAGCCAGAGCUGCUUCGGUUGUGGCUACAGAGUUGCACCGGCUACCUCGAUGCAUUUGAGAACUUGUAGAUUAAUUAGCUGAUCAAACGAAUCAUAAGGCUGAAAGACAAUUUCCUGAAUACUGGUUCUGGGCAAGGGAUCAAUUUCCCAUGUAUUGAGAUAAAUUCAGUUUUCAAUUCAUAUUAUAGUAUAUAGUCCUAAUAUGAGCUUCUUGUAUAAUUUUUGUAUGUUUCGAAUCAUCAUGGACACUCAAUUAAAUGAUUUAUUCUUUUCAGAACUUGGUA